AAGACCUUCAAGGAGAAACGAAGUGUGUGGAAGCCAACGACGACGAUGAAGAGGAGGGGUUGUUCUGCGUGGCUUGUGGUUGGCAGCGUGCUGGUGGCCAUCAACAUUGGCGUGUGCUUGUAUGCGUGGGCGACGCUGAUGCCACAGGGUGGUGGUGGUGGUGGUGGAAGAAGCAGUAGGGAUUUGGGUGUUGACGGGGACAGGAGAGGAAACCGUGCAGGUGAUCCAAGAUGGGAGCAGCAAAGUAAUGGUGGACAAGGGCAGCUGGAACAGCUCCCACGUCAUGGUUACCGUGGCCGUCACACGAAGCGGGUUGUUGUGGCACAUGACAGGGGUGACGAAGACGACGAUGACCUCAUGCGUGCAUGGAGGCAGCUUUUAACCGACAACCAGGCUCAGCCAAAGCAGCACACCGUCGAAGUUUGGUCGAAAGCUGCCAUUGGGACGUACUUUCAGGAACACAUCAUGCAGACGGUAAUUGAACCGCGACUAAACGGUGUGUGGUUCUUCAGCCAAGGCCAAUGUCCACGUGUCAAGCUCAACUUCCGUAGCGGGCCUGGCGUCAUUCCACAAAAAGUGCCCCACAAUGCAAAACAUGUGGUGCUCAUUCUCAACGGACACAAUGAGGAAAAGAUACCCACGGCAAAGCAAUGGCUGGACCUGCUGCCACAAUUGCCACACCUCGAGGCGGUUGGUUUGGUGGUCCUGGCUCAGGAAGACUGCACCAACCACUGGCUUCGCCCGUACUUGGAAGACGAAGGUCGCUUUAAGAUCAAGUUUGCCUUCAUGGUCUACGGAGGCAAGGAUUGGGUGGAUGGUGUGCGCGUGCAGCAGUGGCCACUUGGCGUCGCCACGUAUCGCAAGUUCCCGCGCGCCAUCAAUUACCUCGCUGCUGUCGGCCCAAACCCAAACAUCACCAUCACCGCAGUUCGCAAGACUCGACGCAAGUACCUCUGCAACCUCCAGGCAACGAUUUACGAGGGUUCUUCUCGCGAAACACUGCUGCAAGUGCUGCGAGCAAGUGGCUUGGCAAAAGACUGUUUCAUCAACGCACGGACACAGUGGCUUCCCAACGAGACGCCAGAGACUGCCGAGGAGUACAAGCAGAUGCUUCUAGAGAGCGAAUACACAUUGGCUCCGGCAGGCCUAAACACAGAGUGUUAUCGAUGGUAUGAGGCAGCCGCAGCGGGCAGCACGCCAAUUGUGGAGGACGUGAUCCAACCAAAGACGUGUGGGCGCGAUCCCCUCGCCCUUCUCAAGGAGCUUGAGGCGCCAUUCAUUUAUGUGAAGGACUGGAGAGAUUUACCAGCAGUGCUGGAGCGGGAGCAGAGGAAGACACCACAACAGCUGUUUCAACAGCGGGUUGCGCUGGUGACUUGGUAUGAGGACUUCAAAGUGCGCAUGCGUGGCCGCUUUUGCUCAACAUUGGCACACGCAUUUGGUUUACAUUAG